UGUAUUUUUGUUAUAACAGCAUUUCUUUGAUACAAUGGAAAACAUAAAAAUUGCAUCUGUUGAUCAUAUUCUUGUAAAUAAAUUUAAUAAUGGUAUGAAUGGAUGUGGAAAGCGUUGUUUACCUUUGAUUGCAGAAGCUGCUAAAGAAACUGGCUUACCAUUAAAGACAGUUGAAAACUGGAUUGCAAGACACAAAUCUAAAAGCCGCAAAUUAGAUGUUGGUUUUGAUACCAUUAAAAGAAAAAAAGUAUCUUUAAAUAAUCAAGUUGUUCGUGGAUAUGAUUUGUGGAGACAAAACCAGUUAUUGUUACUCAAAGAUUCUGAUUUUGAAACAAGAAAUGUUGCUUUUAAACAACUUGGCAACAAUUGGUCAACAUUAAGUGACGAUGAAAAAGCAAGAUGGAAUAACAAAGCUAUGUUGCAGCGCAAUAGCUGUUUUCCUCUUACGAAGGAGGAGAAACAGUUAAAAUCUAAGAAGUUACUUAAACAAUUAACUAAAGUUGUGGAGGAGUUAGCAAAUCUGGGCAAUGAGGUUAUUGCUGUUACUUGUCUGGCUCAGGGUGGUGCUCCAGUAAUAACUGCUUCUGAAAAAGGAUGUCAAUUUUUACUCUAUUCAGAAGAUUUAAACUUUCAAUUUAAAUUUGCUGAAUUUUUGCAAGGUAUGAUUAAUAAAAAUGUUUAUUUACUCUGUUGUUAAUCUUGUUCUCAUAACUAAAAACCGAUCUUCGACAAAAACACUUUUUGUUAAAUAGUUUUUUGUGCAUUUCUAAUAAUAAUAUUUUGUAAUCUAAAAUGUUUUGAAAAGAAAAAUCAAACUUGAGCUUAAUAUCAAUUUUAUGUUUUUUUUAUUAUUUAGAUGGUUUUAUACUAUAAAGUAUGUAAGGUCCGACACACUUUAAAUUUCUAGUUCGAUUUUUUCUUUUAUUAAUAUAGAUAAAAUAUAUAGUUGUGCGAAAAAAAAAAUAUUUUAAAAAUUAGGCUUGACCCAUUUUAUACCCAUGAGCCAACUUACCCCGAUAGCGGGGAGAUUGGCCCAUCAAACAUGAUCUUACAAAAGCAAUUUAAAAUAUACUGCAAACUAUUACGAAUUUUUUAUAAUGUUAGUUUUUGGUAGUCUUGGGUCUUGUUAACCUUUCUCUACAAAUAAUUGAUUAAAAAAUGAAAAGCUAAAAAGUUACACGUCAAAGAGAAAAAAGCGGGCCAACGUGCACCGGUCUACUCUAAAGUACAUUUUAAAUGUUUUAAUUAUACGUACGUAUGAAAAAUCAAAAGUAGUAGUUUGUAAAAGCAAUAUGUACAAAUCAAAAUAAUUUUGGUUCUAAAUCUCUUAUUUGAUUGAAGGAAAACUUAAUUCUGUGGUUAUAGGUUAUUAAUUUAUAAUGUUUAUUUAUAAUCUAACUUUAUGAUAACUGGUAUAGACAGUGGUCUUUCGUUUUCUUCAUUAGAGUUAUAAUUUCUUCAUUUGUUAUUUUGUUUUUAAAAUUUAAUUUAUUAAUUUCCUUUAUUACCAAAAAUUGUAAAUAAAAUCAUUUUAACUGAAGUACAACAAAUAUUAUAAUUAAAUGUACUAAAUUUAAUGACUAAAGGAUUUUUAAAAAAUUACCACGACAAGUUGUGAUUAUAAAGUAGGACAUGAAAGAAAACUAGUACCAACUAAAAGCUAUAUCAGGGUUUCCAUAGAAAAAAUAUGAAAACAAGAACUUUCGAGGAACUCUUUCCAGGAUAUUAGCCAAAACUUCCUGCCUGCCAAUGGUGUUUCAUAAAAAAAGAAAUUUUAGAUAAAAUUUUAAAAAAUCAAUUUCUUAAAAGUCUAAACAUUUUUUUAUUUGAAUUUUGCAAAUGAAAAGAUAUUGAAUAAAACUUUAUUAACGCAUGAAAAGUCAUACUUAAUACAAAUUUUUCUGAAGAUUAUUUUAAAAAUUCCAUAAUUUUUUCAAUUUUUUUAAAAAAAAAAAAAAACAUUCUAGGACUUUCCAAGACAGUAGUACAAUUCCAGGAAUGUGGGAACACUGUAUAGUUUAAUUGUAUACCAAUUUUUUUUUUUUGAUUUUUUUUUCGAUGUUGAAAAUACCUAAGUCUAAUCUUAAGCUAAUGUGUCGGUUUGACACGUUAAGAUCAACGUGUUAAACCGACGCGACGAAAAUGUUUGACACAUCAUUUUAGAUUUAAAUGACUCAGUUCGCACAGUUCCAAGAUGGUGCAAAAUGACCAAAGAUAGAUGUCUUAUAUCAUUACUCACUUGGUCGACUACAAACACAAAAACGUUUAACCAAGUAAAAAACCGUUUCAAUUGUAUGUUUCAAUUGGAAGAAAAAAGGUCUCUCUCGGACUAAUAGCAAAAUAAAUUUUAACUUCAAGGCAUCUAAUUUACCGAAUAUUUAAAAGUGAUUUGUCAGGCAUAUAAAAAAAGAAUAACUACUUAUAGAUUACGUUAGCAAAUUGGGUGAGAAACAAUUUUUGAACACAAAAAUAAUCAUUAUGAACUUUGUUUGAUUGUGUUUGGAAAUUUAAUACAAAACAAUUUCUUAAAAAAAAUUAUUACAAAUUUUGCUUGACGCAUUGCUUCGCAUGUCUAUGAAUAAUGGAAACUUGCAUCAACAACUUUUUUGCAUCAACAAAAUAGUUUUAAAAAGAAAAGAAAACCCAAAAGGACGAAUUAGAUCGAUAUCAAAAUAAAUUGUUUGGGCUAAAGCAAUGUACGCGAUAAAUUUAUUAAAUAACUCAUUUUAAAGCCAAAUAUAAUAUUGUGUAAUAAUAAACAUUUUUCAUCGACGUUCAUUUAAGAGAAACAACGCAAAACUUUAAUUCAAUUUUAAAAUGUUGCCGAGGUAAAUAGUAAUUUUGUGAGUCCCUCAGAAUUUGUUUGCCGAGGCCUAAAAAUAUGAAUUUUUUAGAAGAAACGAUUAACUAAUAAAAAAGCAGUAUUGCAGGGAUCCCGGAACAUAUUAAUUUGCAGGGUGAUAAUUAAUAAAAUGAAAAUGUUGUUAUUAAUACAGAAAUAGAUUUAAACAAAAAAAAAAAAAUUAAUUUAUUGCUAUAAAACUGUGCAGGUCAUCACCGCUUGGCUCCCGCGGUGUUAUGCAUUCAUCCGACAUAAUAUAAAAUAAAUAAAGUAUGUUUUAUUAUAAUGGUAAACAUUUAUUCAAAU